AUGACAGACGCGACAUCGACGACGACAACGGCUGCGUUGGCGAGGGGAGGGGUGGAGAAAGUGGAGCGAUGUGGGGUGCCAGGGAUGAUCUACAUGCUGAGCGAUGCCGCAGCCCCUGUUAUGGUGUCAAUGGAACCGAUCCGGGAGGGCCCGAAACGCAGGCAGAAGAAGCAUGGGCAGGAGCAGGCCAAGAAAGCCAAGACCUGUCGGGCUGUAAUGGCACGAUGGCAGGCACCUUCCACCAAAGGCGGUCGCAUCAUCGCCAUCGCCCACGAAGGCUACAUCGUUCACACCGCGAAGAGGACAAAACCCAUGCCCCACGCAGCCACCCUUCUCAGAAACUGUGUGCAAUGGCUCUGCCAUCUGGACACGGAAACCAGCCGCGCGUCCUCCGAUGAUAAGCCAUUGCUGGCCAUCGUUGGCAAGCCACUCCAAUUCGUGGAGAGACUCCUCGCAGCGCUUCACUUGGCGGACACCAUUGACGUGUGCGAAUGGGAUCCCCAACACGGAGAACCCCCACAGGCGGUACUGUGGAUGGGUACCCGGGGUUCAGGCGAUGUGUGCUCGCUUGCAGACGCGGGAGAAUGGAAGCACGUCGUUGACUUUGUGCAACAAGGUGGAGGGCUGCUUGUGGCCAUGUGCCCGUGGGGGUUUGAGCAGAUUACCGGCGCAGACGUGGCCACCAGCUGUGCACAGAACCACGUGCUGCGCCACUUUGGCCUUGCGUUUGGUGCCGAGUCUCUCCACAGCCACGGACCGCUCACCGUCGUCGCCCCGCACCUCGCUGUACCACCGGACUGCCGGUCCGUUGAGUCCUCCCAUGCCGGGCAGCGUCUCCGCAGCCUUGAUGACUCAGCACCGGUGUGGAUGCUUGCUGACGACGCGCAGCACAUCUGCAGCGCACUUGGUGCCUUGCCACUCGACACAAUCGCCGCAACGACAACAACAACAGCAACAACGUCGACAACAACAACAACAGCAGCACCAUUCGGCCUUGCAGGCAGCAGUCCACACCCACAACGCCAGCACCAGCAGGGUGGUGGAAGUGAUGCGCGGGUGGGUGCCGAGGCCGUCGCGUUCGUGCGCGCGUGCGAACGGCUGGCGUGCGAUGCCAUGAGGAGUGGGGAUCUUGUGCACGCCGAGCAAGCAGCACUGCGAACGAUUGCAACGGAGAAACCAGAGCCAGAGCACUUCCACCUCGACCUUCUCGGGGAUGGCGGUGGCAUGAUGGUGGCUCGCAGAAUCGCCGUGUGCCUCGCACGCACACAUCAUCACCACCAGCAACAGCAGCAGCCCAUUGCUGGCGGUGGUGGUGAUGGCGACGAAAGCGCUUCCACUGCACCAAAACCAGCGCAUGGGGUGCCAACACCACAACCACCACCACCGUCGUCAUCGUCAUCUGGUGUUCAGACGGUGCUGUCGGCCGUCAAACAUGUGUUCGCGCCAUCCACAACCGAUGGUGGCGACUCCGCAGGUCGCAUGCAUCCCAAAUCAGGUGACCUUGGCAGUGGAGGCGACGAUGAUGAUGACGAUGACAACGAUGACAAUGAUGGCAGCCGUGGCGGCGACGGUGCAGGUGUGGGGGCGUGGCUGCCGGGUGUGAGUGUGUUCCCCAACAUGGGCUGGACAGCGGAGCGGUUUGUCGUGGACCCGGCACCACAGACGCUUCGCAUUGCCAGCGAGCACAAGGAGUGGGUGAGCACGGGCCUCUACCUGCCACCGAGCACCACCAUGCGUGUUGCUGUCCACGGCUCGACCGGCAAGCACGGGCCCCUGCACCUGUCCCACUGGCAGGUUCGCAUCGGUUGCCACAAGGACCGCCUGCUGCACCUUCAGGACUGGCGCAGAUGGCCCGACAUCUCCCACACAUACGCUCUGCACCACGGUGGCGGUGGUGAUGGUCAUGAUGGUGAUGGUGCGUUUGUGUCCACGACGUUUGUCACGAGCGCAUUUGGCGGUCUCGUGUACAUCGAACACACCGCAGCGCAAUCAGAGAGGAUUGUGCUUGACGUGUCGCAUGUCGUGCCGUCUGCCCACUGCUGUCUGGACGAAAUGACCUGCGACGACGAUCUUGCGUCAUGGCACGAGCGUCUCAACCGCAGCCCCUGGUGUGAACUUGAGAGCGAGCACUGCAUCUUCACGGUGCCGUCGUUGGCUCUGACCGCCCGCCCGAGCCUCAACACGUACGCCAACAUCAGCGCCGUGCUGGCGUUCUGGGACCAGGUGCUGGAGUCGCAUUACGACCUCGUUGGCACCACUCCGCCGCGGCGCAAGGAGCGCGUGGUGGCUGACGCUCAAAUCUCAGCAGGAUACAUGCACGCUGGGUACCCUGUGAUGAUACAGCUCGACCAGGUGCUCAGGCCGAUUGACAAAGCGCCCAUGCUUCUCGAUGCCUCAAACCUCCAGCACAAGGGCAGCUGGGGGCUCUUUCACGAAUUCGGUCACCACAUCCAGGACCCACGGUGGACAUUCCAGGGCACGGGCGAGGUGACUGUCAACUUCUUCACGCUGUAUUCGAUGGAGACAGUGGUGCACAUUCAGCCGUGGCGUCAUCCCUGGCUGCAGCGCCACAAGCAGACUGCUGCCAAGUUCCUCCAAGCGGAGGAGCCCGCUGCCGCCAAAUUUGAACAGUGGAAAUCGCAACCGUGCAUGGCUCUUGUGACAUAUGCCCGCUUGCAGCACGCGUUUGGGUGGGAUGCGUUCAAGCGGUGUCUUGCUGCGUACGAUGAAGGCGAGGGCCGUCAUCCACACACGGAACACGACAAGAUCAACACGUUUGUGGAGCUCAUGUCGCUUGCCGUUGGCUGCGAUCUCAGCCUCUACUUUGCUGCGUGGGGGUGGCCUGUUGCCUUUGGGGGUGAGGGUGAUGGUGGCUCGGCGUGGCGACAGCGCUGCAGCCCGCUCACACCAGGCGACCUCACAGCCCUCCUCACCAUUACCACCUGA